ACCAUGACAAAAUGUUUAAGAUGAGUGAAAAGAUCUUACUCCUGUGUGUUGGGGAGGCUGGAGACACUGUACAGUUUGCAGAAUACAUCCAGAAAAAUGUCCAGCUCUACAAAAUGAGAAAUGGUUAUGAAUUGUCUCCUACGGCAGCUGCAAACUUUACGCGACGAAACCUGGCUGACUAUCUGCGGAGUCGAACCCCUUACCACGUCAACCUUCUCCUGGCUGGCUAUGACGACCACGAAGGUCCUGCCCUCUAUUACAUGGAUUACCUAGCAGCUCUGGCGAAGGCUCCCUUUGCAGCACAUGGCUAUGGUGCAUUCCUUACCCUCAGCAUCCUGGACCGCUAUUACAAGCCAGGCAUCACACGUGAGGAAGCUGUGGAGCUCCUAAAAAAAUGUCUAGAGGAGCUUCAGAAACGCUUCAUCCUGAAUCUGACUUCUUUCAAUGCCCGGUUCAUUGACAAAGAUGGCAUCCAUGAAGUGGACAAUAUACCUCUUGCAAAAGCGAUGUCCUAACCCUCGAGAUCUUUCUUCAUCAGUCCUCUUUUUUGUUCGCUUUUGGUUUUUUCUAUUCGUUUGAAGCCCACAAGUCAUGUACUGCACUGGGAGAUCAAAUAAAGAUUGACAUUUAUAUAGCCAGUU